AUGUCGACCGACAAGUCUAACAUUUCACAAACAUUGUCCAACUUAUUUGAAGAAAUGUUACUACCGCAAGAAACAACUGAAAAUCGGAGUGCUCUAGACUUCACGCAUUUUUUGUCAGCAUUGAAAGAACAGUCUUCGAGGAAUACUAGCCAUGAGCCUUUGGAUUUCGGGACAUUGGUGAAGAUAGUCGAUGGAUGGCGAACAAGAUUGAACCUUACCAGACCUACAGAAGCAACUUGCAAUUAUUGUGAAGGGAAUUUUCGUGACGUCAUCCUGGCGUACAAUGCCAUUCACGGAUACUUCAGUCUUAUCGUGUGUUUCUUCGGUAGUCUCGCAAACGCACUGAACGUGGCAGUCUUAACCCGACGAGACCUGGCAGCGGCGCCUAUAAACAGACUACUCAAGUGGCUAGCGGUAGCUGACGUCUUCGUCAUGCUGGAGUAUGUGCCCUUCGCUAUCUAUAGGUACCUGAUUCUGCCCGGCCAACGCGAAAUGCCGUACCGCUGGGCAGCGUACCUGCUGUUCCACAUGCACUUCGCACAGAUCUUCCACACCGCCUCCAUCUGCCUCACGCUGUCGCUCGCCGUAUGGAGAUACAUUGCUAUCAAGUACUCGGAUAGAAACCACAUUCUCUGCACGGAACGGCGAUGUGCUACAGCGAUUCUCAGCAGUUUCCUAUUACCACCAAUCCUCUGCAUCCCCACUUAUAUGGUAUUCGACAUCCAUACUGCAAUAGUACUAGAACCUACAGGCCCAAUGAUUCUGUACCACGUGGAUUCCGACGAAGAGGGGCAACUUUACCAAAUUAACUUCUGGGUUCACGCAGUCAUUGUCAAGCUGCUUCCCUGUUGCAUACUGACUGUAAUCAGUUUGUGGCUCAUUAAAGAGGUCUACAACGCCAAUCAACAUCAGAAGAAAAUCAGGAUUUAUAAUUCCUGUCCAGCGAGUAACAAAGCAGUUAAGCGCCAAUGUAAAGCGGAUAGAAGAACGAAUAGAACAACAAUGAUGUUGGUGGCCGUACUUCUUUUGUUUCUGGUUACAGAACUCCCACAAGGAAUUUUAGGUUUAAUGAGCGGGCUGCUCGGAAAAUGCUUUUUCAAGCGCUGCUACGAUUUGUUCGGGGAAUUAAUGGAUGCGCUGGCAUUGCUGAAUGGUGCGAUCAAUUUCGUGCUGUAUUGUUCAAUGUCGAGGCAAUUCCGGAUGACGUUUGGACAACUCAUGUGGCGAGGUUACCUGUAUCGGUGGCCUCCGCAAACCGCGUCCCACUCUGACGCACAGAAUACAGCCAAAUCGUCAGUUCCGUGAGGCAGGAUUGUACAAGAGAAACAUGCUACAGUAUU